AAGAAAUAGAGAAAAUCACUUUAUAACGAUUUUAAAAACGAAUUUAAGUUACUUAAUCUAAAACAAAACACGCCGAGACAACAUGCUGAAAAGUUUUUCCAAGCAAAGAUCGAAGAGAGAACGGCUUAAGAAAUUAGAACCGGUUAAUUUUAUUGACUUAUUGAGUGCUGUGGAUAGUAAUAAUUUUGACGAAGUUGAACGAAUGUUGAGUACAGACUUUGAUGUGGAUCAGAACGUUUUAGGGACAACGCUUUUAACACGGGCAGCCACAAAUGGGCAUUUCGAAAUGGUAGAGUUGCUGUUAAGAUACGGUGCUGAUGUAAACAAAACUGUUUUUGAUGACACGGCACUGCAUAAAGCUGUUUACAAAAACCAUACAGAUGUCGUGAAAGUGUUGCUUAGCAACAGAGCUGACACGAACGUUCAAAGUAAAAAUGGAAAUACACCACUACAUCUUGCAGUGCAGAAAAAUCAUACGGACAUUGUUGUGAAGUUACUGGAAAAUAACUGUAAGGUUAUUUUGCAGAACAGAUAUGGCGAUACAGCACUGCACAUUGCAGCAAGGACUGGACAAGUUAAAACAUUCGGUUUAAUUGCAGAUAAUGGCGCAGAUAUUUCGAUAAAAAAUAAACAAGGGAAAACAGCUUUAGACGAAGCUAUGGAGACUCGAGGUUUUUCUGGAGAGUUAUACGUUAAGUGGCUAUCGUGACAAAGUUAAAUUAAGAUGUGUUUUACUAGUUAAAAAUGUCCGAAAUUUUGAAUUCCCUUUGGACACUACGCCUUACAUAAAAAACUACUCAGACCCGUGCAAAUUUUUAAGACCAGGAUAUUUUACAACAUAUAAGAAAAGUAAAAUGUGGAGCAGGUGUAUUAACUUAUAACAAAAUUUGUUCGGGAAGUUAUAAAACGAGCUAAGAACAGACUUUUAUUACAUAUCAUUACUUCUGUUUUUAUUUUAAAGGGAGUCUUGUGUAAUACAAGUCGUCAGUCUAUAAGGAGAUCCGCGAGAUUUAGGCUGUCGCUACUUGCAGGUACCUUUUUUGGUCACAGCCAAGUCAGUUUUUAUGGUUAUCCCAUCAAUAGGAAAUUUUAAAAAUAAUUUUUUAAUAAAUGUAUGCACAGCGCAUACUUUCGGUAAAUGUGUAAACAAGUUACGAGUUUCGUUACAUCAAAGCAUUUCGCUUACGAAACAACUUGGAAACUUGUGGUAAACUGGCAUCAGAGAAAAAAUAGUAAUGUCAAAAUUUUUUAAAUUACGAUCAUUUUUUAGACGCCACGCAUCAUAUUUGCGCUACUUAACAAUGCAUUACUUGAACAAAACUUAUGAAAGGUCGAGGUGGAAGCAUUAGAGUAUAAAUAGAUGUCAUACUAGCAGUUUCAGUAAGCUAGAAAACUAUUUCAGGUUAAUUUAAGCCAAGCUUAUUAUCUUAAUUUUUUUUUAUACAAAUUUUAUUUGUGCUAGUUGAGAAACUGGCUCAUAUGAGCUAGAACUCUUAUCUCUUAUAUUAUUGUAAUUUAUUAUUGUAGCUAUUCUACGUAAAAAAAGAAAAGCAAAAGAGUAACAUAAAAUA